CUCUCAAACCCACGUGCCCUCCUCAGCGCAGCACAAAGCUUAACAAACAUCUGAUGAAGUGGACUCGAGUGAACAAAUUUUUUAAAGUGGUACAGCGGGCCCGAGCGCAAAAAGAACGCAGCCCCGCACCACAACUGACUAGCAAGUUGCUCUGACUUGCGCUGUCGUUCUAACCCUUUCCCUAUCUCUAUGCUCUCUUCCCCUUGGCACGUGACGAAGCCAGGGGCAGCCCUGCCAGUGCCAGUCCUGGCCUCAUGACCGGAUGUUUGGAGUCACUGUUUAUACUUUCGAGGCGCCGGCGGUGAGGAGUUCCCUGUCGGCGGCCCGAAACAUAUGGGCUUCCCCGAAGCUGAGAUAGGACCCGCGACAGUAAAUAGUAGCAGCUUCUGUGGAUGGCUGAUUUGGAUUGCAACUGCAGAAGGAGAGAAGUGCGUGCAAUCCACCACUGAAUGGUUGCUACUGACAAAUUGCAUGCCUCGCAGGGAUCAAGAAGCCCUACUAAGUCACAGACCUGGUCUUGUAAGAAGAUCUGUUGGCAGCUGACUUUAAAACUUCAAGAUGGAGACAGAAAAGCUGCUGACCCAAGUGAAUAGUUAUGGGUCUCAGGAUGGGGAUAUGAGGCCAACCUUAGGAUCUACUGCCUUUCAGCCAGAAGAAGAAGAAUUCCAAAGGCGUCUCAAAUACUACUUCAUGAGCCCCUGUGACAAGUUUCAUGCCAAAGGUCGGAAGCCAUUUAAAUUGGUGCUUCAAGUGAUCAAGAUCCUAAUAGUCACCAUUCAGCUCAUUCUCUUUGGGCUCAGCAAUCAGAUGGUGGUAACAUUCAAAGAGGAGAACACUAUUACAUUUAAGCAUCUCUUCCUGAAGGACUACACAGAUGGGUCAGAGGAUACCCAUGCAGUCUACACACAGGCAGAUGUCUAUGACCAUAUAUUCCAUGCAGUGGAAAAGUACUUGGCCAUUCCAAAUGAGACAAUUGGGCGCUACGCCUAUGUCCGCACAGGCAAUGCUAACCAAUCAGCCCUUAUGCUCUGCCAGCAAUACUACCGCAAGGGGAGAAUUGACCCAGCCAAUGACACUUUCAACAUUGACCCCAAGGUCAUCACAGAAUGCCUUGGUGUGGAUCCCCCAGAGAAGAUCCCUCCUCCAUCUGAGCUUGAAAGGAAACACCUAGAUCUGGUGUCAGGUCACAGCUACAGGAACUUUACACUUAAGUUUUACAAGCUCAUUAAUGUCACAAUUGACUUCAAACUAAAAGCCAUCAACAUCCAAACAAUAAUCAACAACGAAAUUCCAGACUGCUACACCUUUGCUAUAACAAUUACAUUUGACAAUAAAGCACACAGUGGCAGAGUGAAGAUCCAUUUGGAUAACAAAGUGGACAUCCAAGAGUGCAAAAACCCAAGUGUCUCUGGCAAAGGAGACAACAGUUUCCGGAUGUUCUUUGAUGUGGUGGUGAUUCUUAUCUGUGUCCUAUCCUUCAUCUUGUGUUCCCGUUCAAUUAUCAGGGGACUUCGACUGCAGCAUGAGUUCAGCCAGUUCUUUCAGCGCCGCUACAACCAGAAUAUCUGUCUCUCCGACCGUAUGGAAUUUGUGAAUGGCUGGUACAUUUUGCUAGUGGUGAGCGACAUCCUUACAGUUUCUGGCACCAUAAUGAAAAUUGGGAUAGAGUCCAAGAACUUUGCCAGCUAUGAUGUCUGCGGCAUCCUUCUGGGAACCUCCACGCUCUUGGUCUGGGUCGGGGUCAUGCGCUACCUGAGUUUCUUUCAAAAAUACAAUAUCCUCAUUGUUACCAUGCGGGUUGCCCUUCCCAACGUCAUCCGCUUCUGUUGCUGUGUGGCAGUGAUCUACCUGGGCUACUGCUUCUGUGGAUGGAUAGUCCUGGGACCCUAUCAUGUCAAGUUCCGUACCCUCUCAAUGGUGUCCGAGUGCCUUUUCUCCCUCAUCAACGGGGAUGACAUGUUUGUGACGUUUGCCAGCAUGCAGCAGAGCAGCUACUUGGUGUGGCUUUUCAGCCAACUGUAUCUGUACACCUUCAUCAGCCUUUUCAUCUACAUGGUGCUCAGCCUCUUCAUUGCUCUCAUCACUGGGUCCUAUGAGACCAUCAAGCAUCAGUGUGAGGGGGAAGCAUCUGUCACUCAGCUCCAUGCCUACAUAGCUGAAUGCAAAGAUAGCCCCAAAUCUGGCAUGUUCCGCAAGGAAAGCAGCACCUCGUGUUCAAUCUUCUGCUGCUGUGAACGAAGCCCGCUGCAGGAGAACGUGCUGGUGGUGAACUGAGGGCCUUGUGGGAACAAAGGGGACUGUUUUGCUGCUUCCUGCUGGAUUGCCUGGGAGACAGAGUGGCCUGGAAGUGGACUACAGAAGGCGAACAGUGGCCUGUUUGUGGCAGGGAUUGGGAUAUGAGAGGUAGCAGCUUGCAGUGUGAGCUCUAUGUCUAUUCCCCAGAGAGCUGUUGCGACAGUCCUCUGAAUAACGAGGUUCCUGGGGAGAGGGAGGGAGAAUAGUUUUUUAAAUAACUCCAGCCUUAGUUGGGCUGCAUUAGACUAUAAUGAAAUCAUUACUGUGGUUCCCACCUUUCUCAGGUUGGGUGAAACUGGAAGGCUUGCAAAGCAAUUAGGAGGAAUGAACAUCUUUUAAAAUAACUUUGUUUUAGAAGAAGAAAGACUGGUAAAAAGGAUGUGGCAGGAAUAAUCAAGCCAAAACCCUUGUGUUAAUUCUGAGAUCUUCAAGCCACCGCCUCCACCCCCCGGUUCCAGUAGGUGAAUCCAUUUGCCUCAGAAGGCAUUGGUUACGUCCUUCAAGCAAGAUCCAAAGGGGUAAACUCCUCCCUAGCAUAAAAGCUUAUCAUCUGAUUGGUACCUGGCAGGUUCAGGAUUCUAUAGAACGAACUGAAAGUAAGUCCUUAAUGAGCAGGGCUGGGAGGGGCAGAAGCAGCUGCUUGAAAAAUACGGAGCAAGACUUCUCCCACCUCUUCCUGUUCAAGAGUGGUCCAUGUAUUUCCAUUGUAGUGGUGCUCUGCUGGUAUUCUGGCAGUGUUAUCUGUAAUGAGCUUGACUUGUUCUCUAUCACAUGCUAGUCCAUCAGUUUCUCUAGGUUGCAAUGGCUGUGUAUUAAGAGCAGAGCAUGCUCACUGACCGAGAAGAGAAGAUUGCACUUGAACAGGAAUAUGAGUAGGUAAAAAAAUGUUUGGCCAGAACUGGAACUCUCUUGGCUUCCAGCACUGGCCUUUGCGGCAGAACAUCUUGUAUUAUUCAGAAGAGGACGGUGCUAGCUCAGGAUUGGCAGCCUGGCAUGGAAAAAUUUCUAUCAGCCAUUUGGUCUUUUUUGUACACAGUUCCAUGAUGCAGAGAUUUUGCAAUGAGGUAAUGAAGAGGGCAGCAUCCAUGUCAAUAUUUGAAUGAGAGGUUGACCCUUCUCCUUAUGGGUAUCAGAAUUUGAACUGGAAACACUGCUUACUGUGGUGCUGAGGUGCCCUAAUGCCCAUCAUCCCCUGGAGUACUUUCUCCCUGGUCUGGUUCGGAUCCCUGUCCCCCCACAGGGGACUCUCUAGGCUUGUCUCGCCCUGAUGAAGUUGCUUGGAGCAGAUAAUCUCACAGAUGUACCAUUUCAUCCUCUUUUUCUCUGUAUGAACUUUACAAAAUAAUUCAUGGUCUAAAAGAUGAAAAGCAUUGGACUUUUCACUUCAGAAGCAGAAAUGUUUAGGAUUUGCCAUGUUGGACUUUUAUUACAGGGAGGAAUUAACUGGAUCCUCCCACCGCUGAAUGUUCCUGUCUAUUAAAUGCACAAGUUGGUUUUAAAAAUCAGUCAAGUGACCCAAAUAAUGUUAAAUAAGGGCCAGUAAUUUUAAAGCAGUAAUUUAAUAGAAUUGUAACAAAGAAUACAGCAUUAAUUUGAAUUUUUUCCUGUUAGUAUAAUUUAUGAGGUACGGUUCUGGACUAUAGAAAUCAAUUAUUUAUAGCUAACAGUAUUAUUCAAAUAAAUAACUAUGAGAAAAACACA